AUGCCUGAACCAGGACCCUCGGCUCCGAAGCUAUCGUUCGGCCUGAAGCCGGCGUUGGCUCCUUCCUCGACAGCGCCCAGGCCAAGCAUCAAAGCUUCCGCGGCAGCUUUCGAUGUCGACACGGACUAUGAGGGUGAGGAUCACCAACAAGCUCCCAAAGCUUCUACAUCAAGAGGCAAGUCAACGGGUCGAAGCAUCGAUCUCCGUGCUCUAGCUCCAGCCAAGUCAGCAGCACCGGCGACUCGUACGGAAAAGAAGAAGCUGCAGGAAGCUGAGCAGCUAGACGCCUCGAUCUUCGAUUACGACGGCGUCUACGAUACCAUCAAGGAUGCCGAACGGAAGGUCAAGCAGGCGAGGACGGACGAAGAUGCGAUCAAGAAGCCAAAGUACGUCGACGGCAUUCUCGAAUCUGCCGAGCAGCGCAAACGCGAUCGAUUACGAGCCGAGGCGCGGACCAUUCAGAAGCAGAGGCAGGCAGAAGGCGACGAGUUCGCCGACAAGGAGGCUUUCGUCACCAAUGCGUACAAGGAACAGCAGGCGGAGCUAGCCAAAGCGGAAGAGCAACAGGAGGACUCACAGCAGCGCGCAUCGAGCAAAGGCAUGGGCUCUUUCUACCGUGACAUGCUCAACGAGACCAACGCAGCAAGAGACGCCGCCAUCGCCGCAUCGCUAGCCAACCAGUCGUCCACGUCCAGUGCUCAAGACUCGCAGCAAGAAGCUCGAGAACGUACCGAUGCGGACCUGGCGAGAGAAGCGAAGGAGAAGGGACUCGAGGUGGAGCUCAACGACGAUAAUCAGAUCGUCGACAAGCGUUCGCUGCUGAGCAAAGGUCUCAAUGUGGUUUCCAAGCGAAGCAAAUCCGGUCGAGACGACCACCUGUCUUCUAGUGGGCACGACAGCCGCGAGUCGAGGAGAGAACGCGAUCAGCGACGCCAAGAGGAGUACGAGGCGCGCAUGAACCGGGACGCACAACGGUCACGCCAGAGCGCCGUGAUCGAAGAACAGAUGCUAGAGCUCGAACGCAAACGGGCGCUGGAAGAAGAGGAGGCGAAUCGAAGAGAGAAGAGCAAGGUGGAUGCGAAGCGAAACGACAGCGAGAGCAUCUCGGCAGCCAAGCAGAGAUAUCUCGAACGCAAGAGGCAGCGUCUUGCCACUGGACAAGAAUCUUGA